AUGUCUAAAGGCGCUCUGAACACACUCGCGCCCCUAAUAGACCGAAUUAUAUCCAACCCACUUACGUUUGUCCAAGCACGCCAACCAGAGAAGGAAACAUCGGAUAAGCUGGCAGGAUACAUUGUACUUAGUAAGACAAAGGCUUUGAAAAAGAAAAGUGUGGACCAGGUACAGGAAAAUCAGAUAGUCAACCAGAGGCAAGAGCAAGACAUGAAGAAGCAACCCAGAUCGAUGUACGAAGCUGUGCAAGCGUAUACGGGGAAGAAGUUUCUCACGAAGGCCGAGAAGAGGGCCGAGAAGAAAAAUAAGCAGAUCAGGCCGGAGCUUGACGAAGUUGAAGAUGUAGGCGAAGAGUUGGGAGAAGAUGUGGGUGAGGAUGUUGAAGGGUCGAACUCUGAAUACGAAUCAGCUUCUGAGUUCCCUGAGUCUCCAGAGCAGCCAGCAGGCGCCAGUGAGAGCGAAUCCAGCGAGUUACAGGAAAGCAGCACCAGCACCAGCUCUAGUUCCAACGAGGCCACCCCGGCUGCUGAAGCACUGCAUGUGGAGCGCGACGACGAGGACGAUGAGGACGAUGAGGAUUUCGAUAAUGACGUUUCCUCAGAGGAAAUCAGUGGGGACGACUUGGAUGAAGAUGAAGACGAGGACGAAGAAGUCGAUGAUGAAGCGGAUGCAGACACAUCCGAGUCGGAAUCUGCUGAAAAAUCUCCAUCUCCAGUAGUUGGACAUGCUCCUAAAAAGAUUGAAGUUCCAAGAGAUGCCACCACACCUCCCACUUCCCCAGAAGACCAGGAUCAGCUGUCAGAGAAGAUUCUACCUGCACUUUCACAGGAAAGCGAGUCCUUGGAGGACUUCUACGGAAUAAAUGAGAACUCAAACGAUAGAGGCUCUAAUGGUUCGACUAGAAUAUACAAAAGUUGGAGAGAAUUGUCCAAUAGGAAGCCAGUCGGUCUCUUGAAUCAUGGGGUCACAUGCUAUAUGAAUUCUGCUAUCCAGGCCAUGCUCCACAUACCAGCCAUGCAACAUUAUUUGGAUGAUAUUCACAAUGGAAAGUACAAGAAAGUUUUAAAGCCUAGGUCAGUCAGCCAUGUAUUGUCAGAGCUCUCUAGACGCAUGUGGGGCCUCGAAGAUGGUAGUGGCAAUAGUUCUUCUCCAAACAAAAAGUCUGGAGCAGCACCUAAGUUCAUUAACCCAAAGAAGAUUAUUCAGAGGCUCGGAGAUAUCAAUUGUAUGAUGAGUGAAUGGCAACAAGAAGAUUCUCACGAAUACUACAUGUCAUUGAUGUCCAGAUUACAGGAAGAUUCAACUCCUAGCGGUGCCAAACUUAACCUGAGUAUCUUGUAUGAUAUAUUUGGGGGAUUAUUGCACCAAUCAGUCACUUGCAAGAACUGUGGUUCUAUCUCUAAUACCAAGCAAGAAUUCUAUGAUUUAUCUUUAGGAUUGAACAAGAAGAGAAACAACAGUUCUAGCUCGGAGACCCAGACCACCGCAACUCAGUCGAAGCCAGAACUUCAAGCACAAAAUACUAAUUCAGCAUACCCAGCAUCAGACAAACUCACUGUUGACAAUAACAUCAACACCAAAGUCAGUGAUUAUAAUAGCAGCAACAAUAAUAAUAACACCAACAUCAACAAUAACAAUAACAAUGCCAAUGCCAAUACCAAUACCAAUACCAAUACCAAUAAUAACAGUACCAAUAGUGGCACUAACCACGCAUUACAGAAGUAUUCAAUUGAAAAGUCCAUUAAGGAUUUCUUUUCAUCUGAGCUUAUCAAGAUUGACAAACUGGACCCAAGCUCAGGGUACGUUUGUGAAAAUUGUAAGCAAAGAACGAACGCAGUUAAAAUCAGUACCAUAGAUAGAGCCCCUGAGACAUUAACCGUGCACCUUAAAAGAUUUAAGUUUAACGGGAAUUCCUCAUCCAAGAUGAAGCAACCAGUUUCAUAUCCUAAGUAUUUGGACUUGUCACAGUUUUCAACCUCGCUUUCCCCAACCAAGUACCAAUUGACCUCCGUUAUUGUUCACGAGGGUAGAUCUAUCCUGAGUGGACACUAUGUGGCACAUUGCUUACAGCCUGAUGGUUCAUGGGCCAACUAUGACGACGAAUACAUAAAUAAGAUCAAUGAGAGGGAAGCAUUGAAGGACCCGUCUGCAUAUUUCUUAGUUUACACUAGAUUAACACAUAAGCUGGCUGUGAAGAGAAAGAACGAACAAGCAGUGGGGGCAAACAAGAGGCAAAGAAAAUAG